AAAAAAAAAAAAAAAAAGCUGCACUGGGGGCCUUCGGGUGAGAGGGCUUUCCAAAUUGGGUAAAAAGCGGAGUGGAGGAGGGGGAGGUGGUAACUAGCAAAGUUGCAGACCUCUGAACCUUCUGGCCCUGAAGCCCCUCCCCGUGAGCGUGGGGGAGACUCACUCUUCGGUGGGGGGGGCGCUUGGGUCCCCCCCACCCCUCUUCCAUUGCUCCUUCACACCCCGGGCUCUCUCCUGGCCUCCCACCCCUGCACCCUGCUUCCAUCAUGACGGUGAUGUCGGGGGAGAAUGCGGAUGAGGCUUCUGCCGCUCCGGGUCACCCCCAGGAUGGCAGCUACCCACGGCAGGCCGACCACGACGACCACGAAUGCUGCGAACGCGUGGUGAUCAACAUCUCCGGGCUACGCUUCGAGACGCAGCUCAAGACCCUGGCACAGUUCCCCAACACGCUGCUGGGCAACCCAAAGAAACGCAUGCGCUACUUCGACCCCCUAAGGAACGAGUACUUCUUUGACCGCAACCGGCCCAGCUUUGAUGCCAUCCUUUAUUACUACCAGUCAGGGGGCCGCCUGCGCAGGCCGGUCAACGUGCCCCUGGACAUGUUCUCCGAGGAGAUUAAAUUUUACGAGUUGGGCGAGGAGGCCAUGGAGAAGUUCCGGGAAGACGAGGGUUUCAUCAAGGAAGAGGAGCGCCCCCUACCUGAGAAGGAGUACCAGCGCCAGGUGUGGCUGCUCUUUGAGUAUCCGGAGAGCUCAGGGCCUGCCAGGGUUAUCGCCAUUGUAUCAGUCAUGGUCAUCCUCAUCUCCAUAGUCAUCUUUUGCCUAGAGACUCUCCCUGAGCUGAAGGAUGACAAGGACUUCACGGGCACCAUCCACCGCAUCGACAACACCACAGUCAUCUAUACUUCCAACAUCUUCACAGACCCCUUCUUCAUUGUGGAAACACUGUGUAUCAUCUGGUUCUCUUUUGAGCUGGUGGUGCGCUUCUUCGCCUGUCCCAGCAAGACGGACUUCUUUAAAAACAUCAUGAACUUCAUUGACAUCGUGGCCAUCAUUCCUUAUUUCAUUACCCUGGGCACGGAAAUAGCUGAGCAGGAGGGCAAUCAGAAAGGCGAGCAGGCCACUUCCCUGGCCAUUCUCAGGGUCAUCCGCUUGGUAAGGGUGUUCAGAAUCUUCAAACUCUCUCGCCACUCUAAGGGCCUCCAGAUCCUGGGCCAGACCCUCAAAGCUAGCAUGAGGGAGUUAGGGCUGCUUAUCUUUUUCCUCUUCAUUGGGGUCAUAUUGUUUUCUAGCGCAGUGUACUUUGCCGAGGCGGAAGAAGCUGAGUCUCACUUCUCCAGUAUCCCCGAUGCUUUCUGGUGGGCGGUGGUGUCCAUGACCACUGUGGGAUACGGUGACAUGUACCCUGUGACAAUUGGAGGCAAGAUCGUGGGCUCCUUGUGUGCCAUCGCUGGUGUGCUGACAAUUGCCCUGCCCGUACCUGUCAUUGUGUCCAAUUUCAACUAUUUCUACCACCGAGAAACUGAGGGGGAAGAGCAGGCUCAGUUGCUCCACGUUAGCUCUCCUAACUUAGCCUCUGACAGUGACCUCAGCCGCCGCAGCUCCUCUACUAUCAGCAAAUCUGAAUACAUGGAGAUUGAAGAGGAUAUGAACAAUAGCAUAGCCCAUUACAGACAGGCCAAUAUCAGAACUGGUAACUGCACCACAGCUGAUCAAAACUGCGUUAAUAAGAGCAAGCUCCUGACCGAUGUUUAAAAAGCAACAGGCAAGCAGGCAAAAGCCCCAAACAAGAGCCCUGGUGACUCAUAGCCCGCUCUGUAGAUACUUCACUAAACAUUAGUCUGUGGAUGCUUUCUUUAACUGUCAAUGCAAUGCUGCAUUGUGAAUUUGGGGAGUGGCAAACCUGAAGCUUUCAAAAUCCAUUAAAAAAA